AGGAUGAGAGAAUGAGAGAGCGAUGGAAAGAGAGAAUCGAGAGUGACGGGGAGGAGAACAGGAGGAGGGUCUGGAAAGCUGCCUUACGCAUAUGCACACACACACACCCACGCACACACUCAUACACACACACUUCCACACUGGGAAGCCCAGGAGAGUACAGGUGGAAGUGGAGUAGAGGGAACCCGAGUUGAGGUCAAGUCUGGAAAAACCAUCUGCUUUGGUCUGCUUUGUCUCAUUGGACCCAACAGAACAAAUAAACUCAACACUGAAGCCCCUCACUGAGAUUUCGAUCAGUAAUGUGAGAAUAGAGAAGGACUGCUACAGCAAGUCGUUAUUUCAAAUCGAAAACAUAAUGUCUAAAGAACAAUAAAUCCUCGUCGGAAGGUGAAUUAUUUGAACGGCGACGUGACCUUUUCCGAUGAAUAGCACUUUCAUGCUCGAAUGAAAGUAUAGCGAGUUACAGUACGCCACCGGUUUUCUUUUUUAAAACGUUGUCAGUGUGGGUGUCUUGCUAGAAAACCAAGACCUGCCUGGUGGAGAUUGUGAUAAACUCAGGAAAAGUGCUCGGGGACAAACAAACCCGGAGAGGAGCGUGGAUGGUGUUUCAGCUUUUACCGGAUCUGCAGCGGAGCUCAUCGCAUGUUGUGAAAUCACUUUGGCUGUCGUCCAGGGUGCAUCUGAAGGAAUCCCCCUGGAGUUUAGGUUGAAUUGGAGUCAAAUGUGUGGCACCGAAAGUAAAAGCACAUCUCUGGCAUGCUGCUUGAAGGAUUAAGAGCUGACUCCAUUUGUUACUCUGUGAUUCUGAUUUUUGUUUUUUGGUUCGACAAGAAAAGCAGGACUUCUGCUCAAACCCUCCCUUCUGGCCCUUUCAGCCAACCAUAACUUGAAGAAAAAAAAAAACAUUACUUAAGCACAGACGCGCAGGAAAACUGGACCUCUGAACCAAAAGACUUUGCUUGCGUAAUCCCUUGACGUAAUCACUCCAAAGCACAGAGAUGGAAAGAGGACAUGACCCCAUCAAGAGAGGGAUCAGCUGGACUGGACAAAGUACCACGACCCAUGCUGCCACCAUCUUGGAUGAGACUGGAACCAAGUCCUGGGACAAGGAGGAGCACAGCUGGGUCAAAGCGAAGCCUCUACUGAUCUCCAGCUCUGGUGACCUGGUGCAGAAAACAAAUCUUGGCCGGAGUGCCAGUUUGUCAGAGAAGGAGCUGAAAGAAGCGAGGACGCGAAGUCAGAUCAUUGCCACACAACUGACUGUGCCGUCGAACUGCAAAUCCCGAGGUGUCCAGCUUUUCAACCGUCGCAGAGAAAGAGUAAAUGCCUUUACAUUCACAAGUGUUGGUGGAGGAGAAGAAGGAAGCCACGAAGAGCCCUGCGAUGAACUUGAGUCUCCUUCUCCAAGCACAUUAACAUGGAACAAGGAGUGCUCAACUGAGAGCCGGAUCAAAGAUUUUAAACACAGAAGAAGCGAAACGCAGCUCCAGUGGCCGACUACCGUAAUAACCAGCAAGGGACAUAAAAUGGAGGGGGCAGUGGAGGUGGCAAAUGAAGUGGGAGAUAGAGUGGAAGAGAGACAUUUUCUCCCUGUAAUUGAUAAUGACAAGGAUGAAGAAAUUCCUGAGCAUGAAGAGGCAGGGAAGGAUGUCACCUUUGAGAGUGACAACAGUCCUGUUGUUCCUAAUCCUAACCAAGAAAGACAGCAGGAUGUACAGCUAACUAGGGCAUAUGAAAGCCCUCUGGAGGCUCUCAAAGCCAUCCAAAAUGGAAACCACAGCACUAAGACCAACAGCAAAGUAGACAACUCAGCAACAAAGCAGUCAACCAUCACAAACAGGACAGCUCGACCCUUUUUCUCCCCUGUUGAGGUAACCUCGACUGAAGCCAUUCACUCUCCAGAUAUCCCUCUGACCCCAGCUUACUCCACUUCUCCGCCUCCAGCUCAGUAUGACCCAACUGCUACUACAUAUUCUAAACAAGAACCUCUAACAUUUGUUAAACCAGCUUUUUCAGUGUCCUCCAGACAAGUGUUUUCUCCUCCACCUCCAGCUCCUUCAUACCCAACCCCACCUCUUCCCAGCUACAUGAGCCUACCUCCAUCUAUCCCAUCUGAUCCUCCUCCACUGUCAGCAAUGUCUCCUCCACCAUCACCUGCCUACUAUACUCCCUUAACCAUACCAAGCUCCACAUAUGCCAACCAACUAAUGGCUGACAGGAGGACAGUGACGCCCAAUCGCACAGGUAUCCUAGAAGAAGGCAGAGGUAGACGAUCUAACCGCAAGUCAAUGUUUACGUUUCAAGAGAAACCAAAAUUAUCUCCAAAUCCCGAACUCUUGUCUUUGGUCCAGACUACAGAUGAAAAGAAAAAAAGCAGAGGUCAGGAAACACAUCAGGAAGAGGAGCAGCUGGCUCUAGGAGCAGAGGCUUCUAACUUCUUGGUCAAGGAUGAAAGUGGUGUGGAAGAAGCUUUAGUUCCAGAGUGGGCAUCGACACUAAAAAGCUCCAGAACUCAACCCAGGGUAGAGCACAAACUCGAGCAAGCCCUGUCUAGUGCAUCUGGCAAAGGAGCAGAGUUGUUUGCCAAACGCCAAUCCAGAAUGGAGAAAUAUGUUCAUGAAAAUGCAGAGGGAUUACGAUCACCUUCUCCAACCACCUCCCUGCCUCCCUCUUGGGUGUAUCCAUCAAACAUGCCCGGCCGUGUCAAGGCUAUCAUCAAUGCCUCCAACAUCACUGCAGAGAUUUCCAAGACUUUCCAAGCCCAGCAGGUUACACAGAAAAAGAACACCCCAGCAAAGUUACCAGUACCACCUCCAGUUCAAGAGAAUCCAACCUUGGAGAAUGGCUGCACCAGAGUGGAAAUGGAGCUGUCCCGGCACAAGCCUUACCAAAUCAACUCAUCGCUGUUCAUUCUCAACCCAACCAAGGACCCUAAAAGCACUCUUCCCAGAGCAGCACCACCUCCCAAAUCUGUGGUUAUGGGAUCGUCGUACCCCCGUCAGACCUCUCUUCCAUCCACGCCUAUCCCAAGCCAGUAUGACUCGCAUGCCUACAGGUCAGCACAUUGCUUCUCCCCACCCAUGAUGCCUCUCAAUUCGGUGAGCAGACGAGUGACCUCACCUAUGUCUGAUGCAGCGCCUGAACGUGUCACUUCUCCACGGUCAUCCAUGCAAGCUCCCAAGCCCACCUUCUCUACUAAGAAAGCUGGAAUUACCCCACAGGGCAAGGAAGACUCUUUGGUUGUGUCACACAUCAACAGCCCCAGCAGCCCAGUGCCUUGGACACCGAACCUGUUUCGCCGCCACAGCAGCACAGAUAAAUCUCCAGGUGCAGGGUGGACCCCCAUUAGCCAGCACAGCUCUCUGGUUACCUCGCCACCACCCAGAACCAUCCAUAUCCCAAUCAACUCUGUUGCCUCUUCACCACCAGCAAAGACGAUCCAUAAUUCCACGACUUGCUCCCCAAUCUCUGGCUCCAUUCAUAACCCGGUCACUUCCUCUCCUACACCACGUUCUAUCCAUAACCCCAUAAGCCCUCCCCCAAACCCAAGACACUUCAAUAGCCCAGUCACUUCAUCCACAAAUACACAGUCAAUGAGCUCCUCCCCAUCACCAAAACCCUAUAAAAGUUCUGUCGCCAUCAUUUCAUUGUCCAAGCCCACGAAUAUCCAUACUGCCACCACUCCUGUAUCUCCACCUUGGGAAACCAGGGGCCAAUCCCCCAUCCCUCUUCAAGACACCAAGGCCAAUCACCGCCUUAUAGCUAAGAACAUCAUCAAUGCAGCCAAGCGCAAGAACAGCCUAUCGCCCAGGGCUCUAAGUGGCCAUGGUCUUCUUAUGUCUCCAGUAAGCAGUACCAUUUUGCCCUUUGAGACAAAACCUCAGAGUCCCUUUCAGUCUCGAGCUCUAGGUGCCCAGUCACCCACGUUCACAAGCCCCCCGGCCACCCCCACACAACUGGUCCGGUCUCCCCUGCGUCUCUACACCUCUCGAUCACUUACUGAUUCGGAUGCCUCACUGGAAUCGGAGGAUUCUGGAAUGCGUUCCCCUGGGGUCCGGAGCUAUAACACUUGCCCUCGUGGCUGGUCUGGAAGCUUGAGGCUCAAAAGAGGUGCAAUGUCAGAAGACCUGUAGGUUGGAGAACUAAAAAUGGACUUUGGGCUCAUGGACCAUUCAAUAAACCACAACAGUGGUCAUUUGCCAAUUUUCUGACCUAUUUAACUAUAGACUUUUACACUUGAUUUAGCUACAACAUCUGCUUAUGCUUUUUUUUUUUAUCAUUCACAAUGUUGGAAAUGUUUUCAUGGAAGGGAUUACACAGAUUCUGGAGUGGGUGUCUAAAUGACUGACUUUCUUAUAAGACAAAUGUUCCAGACAUGGGUUAGAACUAAGCACAUAGGCCAAUCAUUACGGUUGGUGACCACCAGACAAUCCAGAAUGGGUAAUAUAAAGAUCUGCAAUUUAGGGACCACAUUUAAUAAGCAGACAAAUGGACUUACCUAUCUAUGGACCAUAGGAAUGGACUACAAUCAAUGAAUAGUUGGAAGAAUGGACACCAAAUUGAGAAAUCUCAGAGAUGGAUUUGAGAAUGGACUGUAACCUAUAUAUCCAAAAGAAUGAAUAAGAGCUAAAACUACAAUUUAGAAAUACUUGAGAAUGGACAAAAUGCACUAUAAUCAAAGGAUUCUAGAGUAUACUCAGUAGACGGGACUACAAUCUUGGGACUCAUUGAGAAUGGACAUUAGACUGGCCUACAAACAUGGGAGUCUCAUGUAAAUCAGACCCUUGAAUGGACAAAAGCCAAGGGAUCCUUAAGAAUAAUCCAUAGACUGGACUACAAUUUUGAAGGAUCAUAGAGAUUGGACAUUAGCCUGGCUUACAAACAUGGUAUUCUAUGGAAUUGACUGUGGACUGGACUACAAAUCCAGGAUCACAGACAAAAGGAUUAACGUAUGAACUAGUAAUCACAGAGAUUGUUAAGAGAAUUGUCUUCAAAAUGGAGCAAGACUCCCUCCAGUUUUAUCCCUCUCAUUCCAAAGUGGCCUUUAUGUUCUGAAUGUAACGCUGGGGGAGUUUAGGGUUUAAUCAAGGCUCAUGUUGUGGGAUGUAAACCUGCUUGGAUUUAUGAAGCAAAAAUGAAAAACAAGUGGUAUUCAGUCUAAGUUUGUUCUUUUUCUGCUCUGCCAGACCGGAUUCCAUUCCAUCAUUCUUGGUAAUGGGAACGAGUGGAACCAGGUUCAUCUGUUCAGUAAACCAAACAUUCAUCUGUUCAGUAAAAACAAAGCCUAGGACUGGCACUGGAUCCCUCUUCUUUUAUUGCCUUUCACCUGACUGUUGGACAUAAUACAUAUUGCAUCUACUUGGAUAUGUUUAACCAGAGACUUCCAAAGGAUGCUGGUGACCAAAGAAAUGUUUGACCCGCAAGUACCUUCGAAGCAGUGUUAUAUCGAUUUCAAUUUCAUUGACUUUUUUUUUCUUGAUCAGUGUUGUUUUGGGGUCAUUGUAAUGCUAAGGUAUGUUGCUUGCUGCCAGGGUUUGUGGUUUGGAUUGAUACAAAAUGACUCGAAUAGGUAAAAGUCCUGAGUGUUUUGUUAAUUUGAACUGAGCAGGGUUUAAUAGCAUUGUUGAUGGCUAUGAAUUUUAUGUGCUAUAAUAGCAGUACCAUAAUUGCUAGCUGGCUUUGAAACACUUUGAAUUCCUAACCUGGGCUUUUGGGGAACAGUAAUAUAUAUUAACUACCUAAAGGAUAAAUUGUGGAUUGAAUCUAAUCCACAGUUUGGUGUGUAAAGACUUUGGUGGAAGUGCAAUUAGUGGAAAGUAGAGAUGUGUCCAGAAUGAGGCAUGUUGGACUUAGGGGACUUGGAAAUACAGCAAAUGCGUUGAUUUAUUCCAGUUAUAAAGUUAUUUCCAUUUUAGGAUGCAGAGGUACCUUAUUGGCACACUUUGAUGGGAAGAAUAUGAGAUCCGAGGAAAGAUUUGCAUUCACCCGAGCAACUUUGCUUUCACAAUAGAGCGGUUUGGUUUUGGAGUUUGGUCUAUAAAAAGUCUAAACCUAUAGGCAGUGGUUAAGUCAAUGCAUGGUUUAAAGGCAUCUUUGGCUACCAAGGGAAGUGGUAGCUCACUGGUUAAGCUAUUGAACUUUGAAUUGGAAGGUUGCGAUUUCCAUACCACUGAGUUGUCAGUGCUGGUCCCCUGAGCAAGGCCCCCCCACCCUCAGCUGCUCACUUGUGUAAACAUUGGGUUAAUUUAAGUCACUCUGGAUAAGGGCAUCUGCCAAAUGCUGCAAAACUUAUAUGACAGCAAUUUUUCACUCUUGAAAAGUAAGCAAAGGCUCCUGUCAUCUACAUAUUGCAGUUUGGUGAGGCUGAAAUUUAAACUCUUGACCUAAUCAAUGUCUUUACCAUUGAGUUACCGCUUCCCUUUUAAUGCAGCUGCAUGCAGAUCGCACAGAUGAUGCUGUGCAAAUAUGGAAAGAACAGGUUUUCUGAGAGAACGCAAAUAUCUUUGGGGGAGGACAAAAAAAAGUUGCGAGCGAAUGCAAAUGUUCGUGCGAGAACUAAAAAAAAUGGAAAAGAGCACGCAAAAAAUGAGCGAGAGAAUGCGAAUGUUUGAAGAGAAAGGACACAAAAGCAUAGUGAUGCAGAUAUCUUUGUGAGAGAAUGCAAAAGAUUGCGAGGGAAUGCAAAUCUGAUUAUACUAACCAUCACCAUGUGCCCAUAGGGGGAUCUACAGAGGAAAUAGUGAAGUAAUGGAAGAAAAAGUAAUGGCAGUUAUAGAUUGCACUCACAGGUGGACAAAUUAUUUAUUAAUUUGCUCAGAUGUGUAAAGGCUCAAGUGGGCUGCCCUCAAAGCCAAGAAGUGUCUAAUAAUGUGAUGCAAUUGCGUAUGGCCCGCUAGUUAGCUAGUUAGCUAGUUAUGUCAGUGACUCCAUACUUAGUGAAGUAAACGAUUAUAUCUAAUAAUAUACACUAUAUGGACUAUAGAUUGUGGACACCUGACAAUAGGAUUCAUAUGUGCUAUUUAAACAUCCCAUUCCACAUUUACUGGGUUUCCCGGGAGAUUUUUCAUUAGAUUUUUUUAUAGAUAGAUUUAUAAAUUUGUAGCCAUUCAUACGUCCACAAGGGUGUUAAUAGAUUUAGGUACUGACUGUUGUACGUGAGGUGAGGCGGCUUGGGGUGCAGUCACUGUUCCAAUUCAUCCUAAAUCUGUUUAGUAGGGUUUAUACCUCUAUAGCAGGAGAUCUUCCACUCCAAUCCAUGUAUCUUCAUGGUGCUGGCUUUGUGCACAGGGGCGUUGUAAUGCUGGAACAAAUUUUAUGUUCCAGCAUCCAAAGACAUCCUGUCGCAUCGCGUGCCUCUGUCUUUAUAGUAACAGUUUGUGGAGGAACAACAUAUGGAAGGAAAAGUCAGGUGUCCACAUUCUUUUUGAUUUUUUGCGAUACUCAAGGCUACUUUUUGCACUUUUCUAACACUCUAAAGCAUCACAUCCAGAGCAAAUCGUAACACUGUUUCUUUAAAUUACAUCGGUUUGAGCUCUGCCCCGUAUCCGUAGCGAUAAGAGACAAACGAUACCUCCAGAGGUGUGAAACAUUCCGUAUCGACUGGACGUCAAAUCCCAUGGAGGAUUCCAUUCCAACACAUGCAGAAGUGAUUCUUGUCAUGGAGUCGUGACACUCUAUAUUGGUACAUCAGCAGAUUACUGCCUCGUCACUUAACACAUUAUGCCCUGAGUGACAGGAACACCGGCGGCACCUUGGACCAGAAAACCGUCUUAGCUUUUCAAUCCAACCCCAGCUCAUAUUCAUAUGCACUUCUUCUAGCAGUUAGUGUUUAUUACAUACGGCUUUUUUUUUUUACUUUGGUAUUAUGGAUACACAACCAGCAUUUUUGCUCUUAUAAAUGAUGUGUAAUUUAUAAAUAAUAAAAAAAACAAAAAACAAAAAUGUCAA